AUGAUCUUUUGUCGGGACGAAUCAGUUUUAUGGACUCUCUACAAACGUAGGGCAAAAGUUCUGAUGCAGCUUCGUUUUGAUGGUGUGAUAGGCUUUCCAGGAGGUUUGGUUGAUAAUGGGGAAGGUCCUAUUGAAGCUGUUAAUCGUGAACUUUUGGAAGAAGCUGGGAUCAGCAAUGACAAAUGCCAAAUAAAAGCAUCUGAUCAUUUGAUUUCACAUUAUCAUAAGCCCAAAAAUUUGGUACUUCACUUUUUUACCAAAGAGGUUAGUCCCAAGGAAUUCCAAGCAAUUGAAAAGGGUGUCAUGGAAGCUGAGGAUUAUGGUGUAGAGACGUGUGGAAUCAUCCAGCCACCCCUGUACACAAUGGGUGAUGGAAUCCGAGGUCUACCUGCCUUUCUCAGCAACAAAUUCUGUGGAAACGCCCGACAACAACUCUUAUAUGCUCUUCAAACUUGCAAAAUCCUUGAAGGAAAAGAAAUUGACAAAGCUCUCCUUGCAAGUCAAAGCUUACUGAAAUAA